GAGUUUGUCUUGAAUAGAGAGACGGAGACGGAGUCUCGGACUAGUCGGAGACACGAGAGGGAGGAACCGCUGCGCCGCGGCCUGCGCCCACCCAUUCCCGCCCGGGCCAAGGGCACCCACCCAUGGGUGCAUUACUGCCGCCGUGCACGGCAAAAUCAAGGCACGACGCAUGCAACUCUCUCUAUGAGUAUUAGCUGAUCCUUCCACAGAAUUUUGAGAUUCCUGGAGUCCAGAUAAAACACUUUCAUGCGAUUGCACAAAAUACAUGAGUCAUGAUUGUUACGAAAUAUUGAUUUGAAACUAAUUAAAUUGUUCAAUUUCACUUAACGGUACCGAUCGAUAUGAACAUUUCAUAUGAAGUCCAUUUGAGUAGACAGCAUUAAAGAUGGUGAAUUCCAGAUCCAGCAACAGCACAUCUCCGGAUGAAAGUCCAGAUGACGGCAGCACAGCCUAUCGUGGUUGCGUCUCAAAGAGCAUUAACGUAACGGGUGUAUUGCACAUCGUUGCUGGAGCUCUGUGUAUCGUAUUUGGUAUUUCUGCCAUCAUUCUCAAAGCCUUUGUCUCAUACCUUGGCAUUCCUAUUUGGGUAGGGUUGGUGAAUUAUUUGCUUCAUUAUGUAGCACAAAAAUGUUCUGCUCAGGCUCCGCACUUGCAUAGAUCUUCAUAGUAACUGGUUCAUUUGGUGUGGCUAAUUACUACAAGCCUGCGAGCAAGAAAAUUAUGAAGUACUACAUGGUGAUGUCCACCGUCUCUUCAGUAUUUUCCUUCUCGUUUUUGAUAGCAUUUGCCAUUUUCUUGCAUAACGAGGGCGGUUAUUGGGAAAGGUUUGAAUGCCAUCCUAUUGCGAGGUCCAUCUGCAACAGUCCAGAAUGGACACGGUACCUGAUAGAUGCAGUCUUGAUCUUGAUCUUUGUACUAGAGGCUGUCUGCAGCGUGACUUCAGCCUGCCUCAGCUGUUAUAAAAAUUGUGAUUGUUACCGACAUGGCCUGGAAAUGUGCAAGACAUGCAAAAUGUGCAAUUUGGCCCAACUUUGCAGAAAGUGCCAGGAGGAUCCGGGAAAUUCAAAUAUUGUAUAUUAUGCUGUUAAUAUGGGUGACAUGCCAAUGAUGACACUACCCAAUGAUAACCAGUCUACUGGCCCCAUCUAUAUUGCAGGUGAGUCACCUGACUCCUCUGCUCAGCCAGGUCAAUUCAUGUACCUUUCUCCGAGCCCCCAACAGCAGAAUUUCAUGGCCUUUCCAGCAGCGGCACCACAGAACCAACCAAUACCCAAGUUGCCACCACCCCCGCAGCAACAAGAACAAUCCCAGCAACAGCCACAACCAUUUGAACAUCAUCAAGUGCAACAACUACCUGAACAACCCUUACCCCUACAACAUCAAGUGCAACAAUCACCUCUACAGCAUCAGCAACAAGUACUUUUGAUACCUCAGACAUCAGGUGUUAACCUCCAGCAGGGUGGUGCCCCAUCAGGACAGGCCGGCUUCGUCCAGGUCCAAGCCCCAAGGCAGAUGCAGCCUCUAGCAUUUGCUCCAACCCAGCAACUCCCACAGCUGCAACCAGCCGGAAUGGCACCGCAGGUGAGUGGCUCUUCGCAGGUUGGUUUCUUCCAGGUGCGAGGUCCAGGAGGGCAGGUGCAGAUGGUCCCAGCCCCUUUCAUGUACCCCCAGGUCAUGAUGGCUCCGGCACCUCGGCAACCUACAGCUGGUGCAGAACAGGUUAGACAGGAACUGGGUCAGCAGGAACCUGUUCAGCAGGAACAGAUUCAGCAGGAACUGGUUCAGCAGCCAACAGCACCCUCUAAUUCUGCUGAAGCAAAUGUUGAGGAAGAGAAGGUGGCUGAAUGAGACAGUUGCCCCAAGGGAAUCAUCCUCAGGGAUGUUAGGAUGUCAGUUUUUCAGCUAAAGCCUGAAUUCACACCUAGGCAACGUAAUUUAAGCCCUAGAAAAACAGAUGCGUGAGGGUGUGUGUGUGUAAAAAGUGAUUCCAAAAAGUGAUUCCUUCGAGGUGAUUUCCGGGAAUUUAUGUCAACUUUAAGUGGCAUCUUUAAUGUCAGGUAAAAUUCUCUGUUGAUUAGUGCCUAUUGAAAAGCAGCUGCUUUCAUCUGAAAAAUCAAGUAACUGAAAUUAUAAGUAAUCAUUUUUGAAAUAGUACUUCAUGAGAUAUAUAUUUUUUUAUACUAUGUAAUUUUAUAUCUAGGGAACAUUUCAGUUCUUUAAAAGUCACAUAGCUUAAUAUCUUCUAUUUUUUAUGGAUUAUAUCUGUAAUUUGGUUAUCUGGGCUACAUGACACAAAGCAUAGCAAUUGAUCGUAGAAAAAAUGGGCACGUCAUUGUCUAGUGGUUCUGACUUUCGCCUUUCAAACAGAGGGUUGUAGUUUCAAAUCCUAGCCAUGGCGUGAUUUCCUUCAGCAAGAAAUCUAUCCACACUGUGCUGCACUCGACCCAGGUGAGGUGAAUGGGUACCCGACAGGAAUAAUUCCUGGAAAGCACGAGCGCUGAAAGGCAGCUUGAGCUUAAGCUGGGGUAAUGAUAAUAAUGAUAACAAUGGGUCUCGGAAUAGAUUGAUUCUAGAUAGAUGGCGCUAUACAUAUGCCUAUUAUUAUUAUUAUUAUUUACAAAUUUUCAUGAUUGAUUGCAUUUAUGUCAAUGUAUUAUCAAUCGUUAAAAUCAGUAAAUUACUAUCAGUCGCUUAGCUUUUUGUUAUGAGGACCCAGAUUGAACUCAUUAAUAUUUAAGAAUAUUGAAAAUAAUAUGGGAAUCUUUUUAUUCAGUACUGUGAGGUAAUUUUUAAAGCUCACCCAAUGAUCACCAAUGUCUCAUAUGUGAUGGUUAGUUUCAUGCAAUUAUUCAUUAUAAAAUUGUAAUAGUGUUGACCUUGUCUCAUUGUUAUAGAGAGACAAAAUAUAUAGGCUUUAUAUUUCGCACACAUUUUUUAUAUUGAGCUUUCAGAACAUUAUGGCAGUUCACUUUUUUAAGAUAUUGAUUAUUUUUUCAUUCCUUCAUUCUUUCAUUUAGUCUUUGUUUCUUUCUCUGCUUUCAUUCUUUCUCUUAUUCAUUAGAUCAAUCAUUCAACCAGUCAUUCAUUCAUUCAUUCAUCCAUUCAUUCAUUCUUUCAUUCACUUAUCCAUUCAUUCAUUCAACCAGUCAUUCCUCCCUUCAUUCAUUUCAAUUUAUUCAUCAAUUUGUUAACCAAUCUCUUUUCUUUGAUUGUUUAGUUCACUAUAUGUUCAUACAAACAGGUGAACCUUUGUAAAGUAGUUUUAAAAAAUGAUUGAGGGAGAUUCAUGUGUUGCCAUGAAUAAGAUUUUACAAAAUGAUUUGACCCUGCUGGAACACAAAUUAAUUAUGGUUAUAGGAUAUGCGCUCCCAACUGGGAAAAAAGUUAGAUUAUAAGAAGUGUUAUCAGGGCCCCGUCUUACAAAGAGUUAUGAUUGAUCCAAUCAGCCACGACUAUGGAAAGCCAGCUACGCCAACAUCUUAAAUGCAUGUUUGUCCAAAAUGUUUUCUAGAUAAGAUGUAGAUUCAUACAUUCUUUGUUUUCUUGAAUAUUAACUGUGCUUCUCUUCGUUUACAAAGGACAUAUACUGUAGUUGAGAUUGAUUGAAUCAAUCGCAACUGUAAAACGAGACCCACUUAUGCGUAGUGUCUUGUUUGUCUUGCAAACAGCUUUGAGAAGCAACUCCCUGGUCAUUUUAUUCUGUCUUUUGUAGAUGAUAUUUAUUCAUUCAGCUCAUGUUUUAUGAGAAAACUUAGCACUAAGCAACUUACCAUGAUAUGUGUCUUGCUCUUAGCAUGCAUUGCUUUGCCUGCCUGUGUACUUGUUGUUUAUUUUAUGAAAUUUACUUCAAUAGCAAUCUUAGAAUAAACUUUUUUUUUUUGUUAUUGUAAGAAAUCAAAUUGCAUACUUUAAAAGAUUUUUAUGAAAUAUGUUUCCAGUCAGUUAGGUAGAUGACUUGUUUGGGAAUAUUUAUAAUGCCAUCUCUAUUCCUCUGAUAUUUGCUUUUAAGUGAUUGGUUGAUAUUAUUCACUCUUUCAAUUAUUUGUUUUUAUUAUUGAUAAAUAUCUAUUACAUGUAUUGAUAUUGUUUUAUUGAAAUUUAAUAUGUAGUCGUAAAUUUAUUCAUUCUGAUUGUUCUGAUCGAUUUUAUAUUUAUAGCCUAUAUUUUUAUGUUCAUUUGUAUUUAUUUAUUUUUGUUUAUUAUUUGUUUAUUUAUUUAUUUGAUUCUCCUUUCUGCCCAUACAUUAUACAUUUUUACUGAUAAGUCAUUUGACAGAUAUGAUUUAUUUAUGGUUUUUAUAAUUCUGUUUAGGUUUUGUUCAAAUCUGUAAACAUUUUUAUUUUCUGCUGUAACUAGUACCAAAGUUUUUUUAAUACUUGUUUAAUUUUACUUUAUUGUAUUCAUAUCAACUGGAUGUGGCCUAAAUUCUUUUUAUUUCUAUUUAUGUUGUGCAUUACUACUACUAGCAUACCAUUGGUAUGCCAAUGGGGUAAAACUUGCAGCAUUGUGCAACGAAAAGAGGCCAUGCGUUUCCAUGCCAACGGACAGGAUCCAUGAUUCUUGUAAUCUUGCCAUUUUCGUAACUACUGUAUAAUCCUUUAUUUUGAGUGGCUUCUGAGCCCAAUUAGCAUGAGAUUAAUUUAUUCGGAAAGAUAUAAUAUUGAAUCAUCCACAAUAAAUCACAAAAUAUUGGAUUAAUGA